GGACUGCUGCUCACAAGGCAGAACCCUGCUGCUUUGUGGUAGGAAGGAUAGAAAAAGAACAUGGCCUGCAUUUUGAAGAGAAAGUCCGUUGUUGCUGUGAGUUUCCUUGCAGCCUUCCUCUGUCUGAUUAUCGUUCGUCUCACAAAUGAAGUUAACUUCCCUUUGAUCCUAAACUGCUUUGGACAAACCAGUGUCAAGUGGAUGCCCUUCUCUAACGGUCAAAGGCAGCCUGUGAGAACUCACUAUGGAUAUAUAAAUGUGAAAACGCAAGAGCCUCUACAACUAGACUGUGACCUCUGUGCCGUUGUUUCAAACUCAGGACAGAUGGCUGGCCAGAAAGUGGGAGCUGAGAUAGACAAGUCGUCCUGCAUAUGGAGGAUGAACAACGCUCCCACGAAGGGCUAUGAGGAGGAUGUUGGGAAGAGGACAACCAUAAGAGUGGUUUCGCACACGAGCGUGCCCCUGUUACUCAAGAACCCUGAGUAUUUUUUCAAAGAAACCAACACCACUGCUUACGUGAUCUGGGGGCCUUUUCGGAACAUGAGGAAAGACGGAAACGGCAUUGUGUACAACAUGCUGAAGAAAACUGUUGACAGCUACCCAGCUGCCAAAAUCUACGUGACAACAGAAAAGCGCAUGGGUUACUGCGAUGCCGUGUUUAAGAAGGAGACAGGAAAAGACCGAGUCCAGUCAGGUUCAUAUCUCAGUACAGGCUGGUUUACCUUGAUUUUGGCUAUGGAUGCCUGCUAUGGAAUUCAUGUCUAUGGGAUGAUAAAUGACACCUACUGCAAGUCAGAAGGCUUUCGAAAAGUUCCCUACCAUUAUUAUGAGCCAGGAAGAGAUGAGUGCGAGGAGUACUUUCUGCAUGAAAAUGCUCCAUAUGGAGGCCAUCGGUUUAUCACGGAAAAGAAAGUAUUUGCUAAAUGGGCCAAGAAGCACACAAUAAUAUUUACGCACCCCAACUGGACAGUGUCUUGAUGCUGGUUUUCUUAA